UUCUCCUACCCACUAUAAUUUUUUUUUCGUUUCUUUAAGCAACGUCAUAAAUUUAGGAAUGAAGGAUCUUGAUGAAAUUUUCUUCAUCGCGUCCGUGUCUGUUUCGCCGAGGAGCGCAGUUCUCCCGAUGCCCAAGGCUCAGCUGUGCAUCUCGGCGUGCCCCGCUCGGCGUGCCUCGCGAGCCUCGCGCGAUUGGUCGGGCCUUCGUAAUUCUGUACGGUGCAUCUGGUGCAGCAGAUGCGACGCGUCCCCAUAGUUCGAGCACUCGUCUCAUACGCGGACGACCCGAUCGCGUAUAAGUGAUGUAAAUCGCCGCUGACCGCAGGCCCACGCAGGAAAAUUUGCGGAAAAUUCGGCGCCCGUACGAGCAUCGGAUAUACGAGAGAGUGGGAAAACUCCAAAACAAGCAACAUGGCGGACCCGAGCAACGAGCCUGCAUCGUCGAGCGGCGUCGCGGAGCAGGUAGCCGCCACGGCGGCGGCCCCCGCCGUCGUGGCACCGUUGCGCGAGGAGCACGACAAGCCCGAGGACUUCCACGAGCCCGACAAGAAGCGGCGCAGGACAACGCGGCCCGAGGACGCCGCGAAAACCGAGCAGAAGUUGGAACACCGCCUGGGCGGCAUCCUCUGCUGCGCAGUAUGCCUCGAUCUGCCUCGCGCGGCCGUCUAUCAGUGUGCUAAUGGACACUUGAUGUGUGCUGGUUGCUUCACUCAUGUCCUCGCAGAUGCCAGGCUGCGGGACGAGAUGGCAACAUGUCCCAACUGCAGAAUCGAAAUCAGCAAAACCACCGCGUCACGAAAUUUGGCGGUUGAAAAAGCCGUGUCCGAGUUACCCGCCGAAUGUCAAUAUUGCGCAAAGGAGUUUCCGCGAAAUUCCUUAGAACACCAUGAGGAGGCUAUGUGCGAGGAAAGGAUAUCUAGUUGCAAAUAUAGUAGAAUCGGUUGUCCUUGGCGAGGCCCGAAUCACGAGAUCCCGGAACACGAAAAUCAUUGUGUUCAUCCUCAUCGUACGGGCGCGGAUGUGAUGGAGGCUUUGCGCGAGAUCGAUGCUCGCACUUUGGAAGAACGUAGACUCUACGACAAUGUCUUUGAUCUUUUGUCCUACGAGAAAAUCACAUUCAACGACUUACAGAUGAAGCCAUAUCGUACUGACGAAUUUAUUCAUAAAUUAUUUUACGAAACCUCACGAUUCGGCGCUUUCAACAAUCAAUGGGUAGUGAAGGCCAGGAUUAACAGCAAUCAGCGCGAUCCUACUCAAAGUUCAGAACGAGACAUAACUUACCAACUGAUACUAAAGACAAAAACUACUUAUCCGCUACCAGUUUAUUACUUGAUCUUGAAAGGCCCGUUUGGCGAUAUGAAAGUCCAUCCGAGAAUUCACAGAUUCGAGUUCACCGAGCAGGAAAAUGAGAGCCCAUAUUUCACGUUGCCGCUACCGGACACGGCUGAAUGCAAUAGACUUCUCGCCGCAAAAGCCAUCAGUUUUAGACUAAUAAUGUUCCUGGCGUCUAAGUAGUUUUACAACGAUAAUAUCUCUAUUGUCAAGAUUUUGUCACAAAUAGAAUCGAUCGAUAAGAUCUUCUAGACAUAAUGACAAAUAAGAAUAUAGAGAUCACAGAGAUUUAUAAUCGUUUUACAGUAGCGAUAUUGAUCAUGAUAAUAAUAACGAUAACGAAAGAAAGAAACUCGGAGACACUAAUAUCAUUGUAAUGUUUAAAAAUACAUGUUGACCAUGAUACAUAUUGUAUAAAAUUAAUACACUGAUGUGACAUACACGAAAAGCACAUUAACAUGAGUAUUGAGAAAAAUUAAGUUAAAUUGCUUUAUAUUUUCCUUUUACAUUCAAACUUUUACAUUAAAACAAAAGGGAAGAAACUAAAGACUAGAAAGUAGUUUAUUGUAGAUUAUUGUUAAGAUGAUAAAUUAUUAUAUGUAUCAAUUGUGCAAUGUGCUUGUACCCUAAGAUAAAGAGCUAGAUGAUCAGUAUCGCUUAAAUAAUACUGAUUAAUACACAUACUCCUGUCCACGAAGAGCCUAUCUUUUUCUUUUGUUUUACUUAAAUAAAACGCUAUCGAUGUAAAAAUUUCGAAUAAAAGUUGUAAUUAUAA